AGAGGAGAAUAUUUUUAUGUUUAUUCUUGCUAUCUCUUUGAAGUAACUAUUUCUUUGUAAAACUAAUCUGAUUAUUAAGAGAUUAAAGAGAACUGGAGUAUGGAGGAUCCUCUAUGGGUAGGGGAACAUUAUUAGGGGCUUGAGCUAGUGACAUAAACUAGAUUCUUACCCCUUUAACAGUACUGGGAUACUGGGAGAGGGGUGAAAUGUAACAUACUUAGCUCUCAGACAGCAGAGAACAGAAUAAACAAUUACUCUUUAUUUGACAUUUUUCUUUUUUGAAAUUCACUAGGAAAGUAUUUUCACCUUCUUGUUUAUUUUGGGGAAGUUUCCUGAGACUCUGGGUUGGAAGGUAAAGGAGGGGGAAAAACAUUUAGAAAGGAGGUUUACUAUUGUUUUUCUAACAGAAUUCAGUCAAGAUCAGGACAAGUGUCUCUCUGAUUCCCAAAGUGUCUCAUUUAUUAUUUGUAAUCGAAUCCUGGAGCCUCAACAGCAACUUGGGGAUAAAUUCUAGGGUUUAGUCUCUGGGGAUGAUGGAAAUUGGCUAGUGUUGGGGAAAGGCAGACGUGAUUCUAGCAUAAGGUCUAGAUCCUAGUAUGCUGAGCGUCCAUCAGCCCUACAAUGACCCCUGCCUUACAAAGGCAUAUAUAUUCAUGAUUUAACGGUGCCUCUAUUUCUUUCCCUGUGAAAACAAGAGGUUUCAGUCCAUAGAAUCCUGAUGCCCACUAGAAAUCUCUGUCUCCUAUUGAUUUUGGAGAGGCUUGCAAUCCCAGUUCAAAGAAAUACAAGGAAAUUAGGGAACGAAGGAAGGUUUAGACGCUUAGGUGGAAGGGGUGGGGAGUUUGGCCCAAGGCCAGAUCUGGAAAUGAUUAGAUUGGUCCAAAGAUUUCUGAAGGGGAGGAGGAUCCUUGGUGUAGCCCUUAAACUCUUUAAAAACCUGAAGGAAGAGAUUGGGAAUGAAGUGAUUCUUCCUUUCUAUUCCUUUAUUGUCCGGGGCAUAAAGUUGGGACCAGAAGAUAGAACCAAUUUGGUCACUGGUUUUAGAAAUAUCUUUUGAUAAAAGAGAACCCUUAAUGGCAACUCUAAGUCCUUCCAGUGUGCUGGUGACCGGUAGCAACCGCGGGCUGGGGCUGGAGUUUAUCAGGCAAUUGCUGCAGCUGCCUCACCCGCCCCAGAUGCUGUUUGCAACCUGCAGGAAUCCCUCCGGCGCCCAGGAACUUCAAAAGCUCGCGGCUCAGCACUCCAAUGUUCGGAUCCUCCCCUUGGAUAUGGAGAAUGUUGCUUCUAUCCAAGAGGCCUUCCUCUCUGUCACAGAUCAACUGAAAGGUUUGGGGCUGAACUUACUCAUCAACAAUGCUGGCAGGGCCUUUUCUGAUUCAAUCCACACAGAGUCUGAAGAAAAUAUGCACAUGCUGUACCAGAUCCACGUCUCUAGUAACCUAAAGAUGUGCCAGACAUUCCUGCCCUUGUUGAAGAAGGCUGCUCAAACAGGUCCUCAGGAUGCUCUCAGCUGUAGCCGGGCUGCUAUCAUCAACAUUUCUAGUAUUGCAGGCUCCAUUUCAGAACUUUUAGGCUGGGAACUUGGUCCUUGUCUGUCCUAUCGCUGCAGUAAGGCUGCCCUGAACAUGCUCACCCGGUGCCUAGGUCUGGCCCUUAAAGAAGAAGGCAUUCUGUGUGCUGCUAUUCACCCUGGCUGGGUUCAGACUGAUAUGGGAACUAGAUCAACCUUUACGGGAAGGUACUGUCACUGAUGAAGCUGUGAUGGAUCUUGCGAUGUCACUGGUUCAUCCUUUGCAGGAUGUGCCUUAAGAUCUCCAGCAGUUCACAAAUCAGUUCAUUUACCAAGCACUCUUCCCUAAGGACACAAGACACAGAGGAAGGCAACCACAAACAAAAGGAAAGCUAUUACCGUCGCCCACUCUCCCCAGAGACACAGAAGUCUCAGCUGUUCUCUUAUUUGUGAUAAUGUCAACUCAAUCAACUGUGCAGUCUAAGGACUAAGUUAGGAAAGGUGGGACAGGAAUCUGAGGCUAAUUGUUCUCAAAGCCACCUAUCAGUAGCCUUCACAAAGGGAAGAGAGGUUGGUUUUCUCUUCAGGGUUCCAGGCAACAACAGCUGCUUCCUUGUUACCCAAGCAAUUGGCCUGCCUUCCUAACCCAGUUAACAAUUUCUUUAUCUUGAUCAGUCCCCAUUUUGGUUAUAGGGAAUAAGGAGUAAUGGAGGUGGAAGAGAGGGCUUCCCUGAGAAACAGUUGAAGAGUAUCAGUUGAUUAGGCUAGAAAUUUCUCCAGAAAAUGGAAGAAAAUAAAAGAAUGGGAAGAUGGUUUGUGUAUAUUGUGUUAAGCAAUUCUAUGUGGGUGAGGAUGUUAGCAUGUAUCAUAUGCCCUAUCUGAAUUCAAGCCAUGCAGAAGCUUUAUAAAGAAAAAUUAGGGGCUGGGGUGAACUACAAGUUUGAUAUGAGGCAACAACGUGAUGGCGAAAUGAAAAAAAACAAAACAAAAAACAAAUGUGUUGAGAGACAUAGCAUCCACAAGUCCAGGGAAGCAAUAUUCCCAUUAUACUCACUGUGGGCAGUAUAUCUUAGGAACGAUAUUAUGAACUGAAUAGUGUCCAGAAGAAAGUAACCAGGAUGAUAAGGAACCUUUGGUAUAAAGAUGAGACUUCCUGAGUUCAAAUCUGGCUUUAGAGAUUAACACCGUGACUCUGGGCAAGUGACUUAAUCCUGUUUGACUCAGGUUCCUCAUAUGUAAUAUGAGCUAGAAAAGGAAAUGACAAACCACUUCAGUAUCUUUUCUGAAGAAAACCCUGUGAGGAGGAAAAUUCAACAAAGGAAGACUAAGGCAAGUUUCUAUGAUUAAGAUAACAUUUUAUUAAUAGGGUCAAGCCACCAACAGAAUAGGUCUUUGCUUCAAUUUCUAAAUUAAAGACACAGAGAAGACAAUUUAUUUUUAUAAGGUUAGAACAAAGAAUAGAAUAGGUUAGGAGAAAUCAUGGGGUUGAGGAUAUAUAGAAAAUCACUCAUUUAAUCAACUGUAGCAUUUUUUAUCAAUCACAUGUAAAACCCAAUAUACUUAUCCAGUAUAGAAUAAUUGCAUUCAAUCAAACAAAUAACAAUAAUGAACAAAUACACAGUGCUUAUCAUCUUCCUGGUCUUGUGUUGAGCACUUUGCAGUUAUGUCAUUUUUGAUCUUUACAACAAAUCCUGGGAGAUAGGGGGUAUUUUAAAAAUUUCUUGUAGAGAUUAAUAAGCUGAAGGAAACAGCUUGCCUAAAAUCACAGUUAUCAACAUUACUGAAAACAGCUUUUUAACUCAUGCUUCAGAGCCAAGAUCUUUCAGUAUUUUUUUUAUUAUAGCUUUUUAUUGACAAAACAUAUCAUGGAUAAUUUUUCCACAUUGAUUCUUGCAAAAACUUCUGUUCUAACUUUUCCUCUCCUUCCCUCCAUCCUCUCCCCUAGAUGGCAGAUAGUCCCACACAUAUUAAAUAUGUUAAAAUAUAUGUUAAAUAUAAUAUAUGUAUAUAUAUAUUUAUACAGUUGUCUUGCUGAACAAGAAAAAUCAGAUUUGGAAAGAAGGUAAAAAUAACCUGGGAAGAAAAACAAAAAUGCAAGCAAACAAUAACAGAAAGACUGUAAAUGCUAUGUUGUGGUCCACAUUCACUUCCCAGUGUUCUUUCACUGGGUGUAGCUGGUUCUGUUCAUUACUGAUCAGUUGGAACUGAUUUGGAUCCUCUCAUUGUUAAAGAUAGCUACUUCCAUCAGAAUUGGAGAUCUUUCAUUAUUUUGCCUUAAUGCGAAAUAGCAUUAUAAUUUUUAGGACAUAGCAUUUUUAGGAAAUAGCAUUAUAAUGUUUAGGAUAAAAUCUGAUCCUAGCAAAUCUGGAUUUAUUAUCACAAAAUCAAAAUCCUAGUUUUCCCAAGAGCCAUGUACUCUCAGAACUUCACAUUACAAGGUCCACCAAUCUUAGAUACUCUAUUGCCAAAGAUUUAAAGUGGCAUUCUUAUAUUCUGAAACACGUCUUUAGGAUUCAAGAGAAUUUUCUAUUCCUUACAUAAUAACUAAAAUAUACUUUUCAAAUGUUUCUGAUGUUCUAAAUUGAGGAAAGUAAAAUAAUGAGAAGAUAGUUUGUGUAUAUAGGAUUGAACAAUUCUAUGUGGGUGAGGUUAACCUUAUUCAUAUUCCCUAUCUGGAUCCAAGCCCUGUGGAAGCUUUACAAGGAGGAAUUAGAUGUUGGGAUGGAUAACAGGUUUGAUAUGAGGAAACAAUGGGAUGGUGAAACAAACUUGUUUAGAGAGACAUCAUCCACAAGUCUAGGGAAGUAAUAGUCCCAUUGUACUCAACUCUGGUCACUGUAUUUUAAGAAGGGCAUUAUAAACUGGAUAGUUUAUAGAAGAGGGUAACCAGGAUGAUAAAGAGCUUCUGGUUCAUGCCAUAUGAAAAUUAUUUGAAGGAGCUAUGGUACAAGAUCAGAAGUUUAGUAUAUUACCUCCUUAUUCAUGUUGCAAAUAUAGUACUGUAGUCCCCAUAUCAUAAAGAACAACCUCAUAAAGUUUCUCAUAUCCUUUGUAUUUUAAUGAGAUCAAUAACUUCUCUCAAAUCUUUCAUUUUAACAUAUUUAAACCAAGAUCUCUCUUUCUCUCUCUCCUUCUCUCUCUCUCUCUCUCUUUCCUUUUUUCUCUUGUGGUUACAAAAACCACACCUUGCUUAUAUCUUUUAUAUUCUUUUCCCAAACUUUCUUUUAUUUGCUCAAUUCAUAAAUUCUGUAUGUUCCAGUUGUAUGCCAGAUUAUUUGCAACACUAAUCUUUACUUCACUGAAUUCUUCCUUUAUAAUUUAGUUAUAUGUUAAUUUCAGCUCAGAUUACUUUGCCAUAAAGUUAUCUAUAACUUUGUUGAAUUAUUGUUAAUUAAUUCCAAUUCUGUUAUUCUCUAAAAAUGAAAACACCUAAAAUCCAUUAAGACAUUCUUAGCAAUUAUAAAAAACAUUUAAUAGCUUGCAAGAACCUGUUCUAUCCAAAUAACAAUUAAGUUCUGCUAUAUUAUUCACAGAAGCAACACAAAGAAGUUUUAUUUUUUUUUUCUGGAGCCAAUUAAGGUUAAGUGACUUGUUUCAUGAUUAGUUAAGUGUUUAAGGCUGAAUUUGAACUCAGACCUUUUUGACUCCAGAGCUGGUACUCUGUCCACCAUACCAUCUACCUGUCCCCUAAGCGUUUUUCCAAAUAAAUUUAAUUUUCAUCCAA